GCACAGUGAGGAGAGAAGUUGACGUAUUUCGAAUUUGAGUCGUUCGCUCGCUUCUGUGAAGGGUGUUGUUAUUGUUAUCAACAGCCUCGUGAGUAGUGGUGCCCUCAGCACUGUGACCUUAGGCCAGUUUGUAAAAAACUUUCCAAAUCUCCCGACCGACUGUGGGACACAGGGAGGUGAGCGCGAACACUACUUUGCACAGCUCCGCAAACCCCCCUAACGUUUACGCUACGGCACCAUGUCUGGUUGUCUCGUCAGAAGUGAGGAGUCAGUGAUGAUUUAAAGAAUUACAGAUGUCAGCCACUGAUCCGCAUGUAAAGAAGUAUUGAUCUCUGCCUAUACGUUUUCGAUUGCCUGCAUAUCUUCAUUUGCAUAGGUCCAUUAAACUACUGACUGCCCCAUUGCAAAAUUGGAUUGGAUACUGCAGUGAAAGAAGCAGCUUAGGAAAGCAGCCAGCAAAGCUCUGAGUGACUAGUAAAUUGGUUCCAUUAACGAUGUCUAGGAUACGGAGGAUGAGGGACCUUGACUCAAAUCCCUGUUUAGAGGAAACCGACGCAUCUACUAAGUGCAUGGAUGAAAAUCAGUACCAAAAGGACUUGUGCACCUCUUACUUUAUCAAAUACAAAAAUUGCAGAAAAUUUUGGAAUGGAAUUAUGAUAACAAGAAGAAGAGAAGGUACUGUUCCUUAUAUGCCAGCUGCAGAAGAAAGAAAGCAGAUAUUGGAGUCAUUGGAAAGUCUACCGUAUUAAAUAUGCUCUGAACAUGCACAUUA